GUCCCGCCCAGCCAGCGAGCCCGAGCAGGCAGACUCGCGGCCGGCGGUUUGGGGGCGCGCCGCCUCCCAGCCCCCAAAAUGUGAAGCGGGGAGGGAGGAGUCCAGAGACGGCCGGGCCGGGCGCCCUCGUCGCCCUCCGCCAGGCGCGCCGCUCCCUGCCCCCGUUCUGAGGCCGCGACACCGCGCGGCGGCCGGAGCAGCGAAGCCACCGGGUCCCGCGCCGCCGCCUCCCUCCGACCCGGCUUCGGCCCGCGGCGGGUUCGCGGCCCGGACGCGGCGGGAACCGAGCCCAGGGCAGUGCGUCCGGCCUGGCCCGCGGCUACUCGCCCAGAUAGGUUGAAACAAUGAUCACAGUCAACCCGGAUGGGAAGAUAAUGGUCAGAAGAUGCCUCGUCACCCUGAGACCCUUCCGGCUUUUUGUCCUGGGCAUCGGCUUCUUCACGCUCUGCUUCCUGAUGACCUCUCUGGGAGGCCAGUUCUCCGCCCGGCGCCUGGGGGACUCGCCCUUCACCAUCCGCACAGAAGUGCUGGGUGGCCCCGAGUCCCGUGGCGUCCUCCGAAAGAUGAGCGACUUGCUGGAGCUGAUGGUGAAGCGCAUGGACAUGCUGGCCAGGCUGGAGAACAGCAGCGAGCCGCACCGGGUCACUAGCGACACGCACCUUGCAGCAGACAGGCUCUCCCCUGGGGCCGGCCUCAUGGAGCGGAUCCAGGCCAUUGCCCAGAAUGUCUCCGACAUCGCCAUGAAGGUGGACCAGAUCCUGCGUCACAGUCUGCUCCUACACAGCAAGGUGUCUGAGGGCCAGCGGGAUCAGUGUGAGGCUCCCAGCGACCCCAAGUUCCCUGACUGCUCUGGGAAGGUGGAGUGGAUGCGCGCCCGCUGGACCUCUGACCCCUGCUACGCCUUCUUCGGGGUGGACGGCACCGAGUGCUCUUUCCUCAUCUACCUCAGUGAGGUCGAGUGGUUCUGUCCUCUGCUGCCCUGGAGGAACCAGACGAGGGCUCAGAAGGCCCCCAAAACCCUCCCCAGGGUCCAGGCAGUUUUCCGGAGCAACCUGUCCCACCUCCUGGAGCUGAUGGGCAGCGGGAAAGAGUCACUGAUCUUCAUGAAGAAGCGAGCCAAGCGGCUCACGUCCCAGUGGGCGACUGCUGCCCGUCGCCUGGCACGGAAGCUGGGUGACAUUCAGAGGGACCAGAAGCAGAUCCUCGUGCACAUCGGCUUCCUGACGGAGGAGUCUGGGGACGUGUUUAGCCCGAGGGUGCUGAAGGGCGGGCCCCUGGGGGAGAUGGUGCAGUGGGCAGACAUCCUGGCUGCUCUCUACGUGCUGGGCCACAGCCUGAGGGUCACCGUGUCCCUGAAGGAGCUGCAGAGUAAUUUAGGGGUGCCACCAGGCCGGGGGAACUGCCCACUCACCAUGCCCCUGCCUUUUGACCUCAUCUACACGGACUACCACGGCCUGCAGCAGAUGAAACAGCACAUGGGACUCUCCUUCAAGAAGUACCGGUGCCGAAUCCGGGUCAUUGACACCUUUGGGACAGAACCUGCUUAUAACCACGAGGAGUAUGCCACGCUGCACGGCUACCGGACCAACUGGGGCUACUGGAACCUCAACCCCAAACAGUUCAUGACCAUGUUCCCUCACACUCCGGACAACUCUUUCAUGGGCUUCGUAUCAGAGGAGCUCAACGAGACGGAGAAGCAGCUCAUCAAAGGCGGCAAGGCCAGCAACAUGGCUGUAGUGUACGGCAAGGAGGCGAGUAUCUGGAAGGGGAAGGAGAAGUUCCUGGCCAUCCUGAACAAGUACAUGGAGAUCCACGGCACUGUGUACUAUGAGAGCCAGCGGCCCCCUGAGGUCCCAGCCUUUGUGAAGAACCACGGCCUCCUGCCACAGCCUGAGUUCCAGCAGCUGCUGCGCAAAGCCAAACUCUUCAUAGGCUUUGGCUUCCCCUACGAGGGCCCAGCGCCGCUGGAGGCCAUCGCCAAUGGGUGUGUCUUCCUGCAGUCGCGUUUCAGCCCGCCCCACAGCUCCCUCAACCACGAGUUCUUCCGGGGCAAGCCCACCUCCAGGGAGGUGUUCUCCCAGCAUCCCUAUGCUGAGAACUUCAUCGGCAAACCCCAUGUGUGGACAGUCGACUACAACAACUCCGAGGAGUUUGAAGCAGCCGUCAAGGCCAUCAUGAAAACCCAGGUAGAGCCCUACCUGCCUUACGAGUAUACCUGCGAGGGGAUGCUGGAGCGGGUCCACGCCUACAUCCAGCAUCAGGACUUCUGUGCAGUCUCAGGCUCCACCCUGCCAGGCGCCCACACAUCCCACAACCCCUUCGUCCUGGCCCCCAAUGCCACGCACCUGGAGUGGGCUCGCAAUGCCAGCUUGGUCCCUCGGGCCUGGCCCCCUACUCACUCUCUGCGGGCCUGGCUGGCUGCUCCUGGGAGGGCCUGCACCGACGCCUGCCUGGACCACGGCCUGAUCUGCGAGCCUUCCUUCUUCCCCUUCCUCAACAGCCGAGACGCCUUCCUCAAGCUACAGGUGCCCUGCGACAGCACGGAGUGGGAGAUGCACCAUCUGUACCCAGCGCUUGCGCAGCCCGGCCAGGAGUGCUACCUGCAGAAGGAGCCCCUGCUCUUCAGCUGUGCUGGCGCCAGCACCAAGUACCAGCGGCUCUGCCCAUGCCGAGACUUCCGCAAGGGCCAGGUGGCCUUGUGCCAGGGCUGCCUGUGAGAUUCUGAAGACACACUGCCUGGCUCCUAGGCCAGCCUCCCAUGCAGGAGAAAGCACCAGCAGAUUCCCAGUUCCAGCUGCCCGCGUACUGCAGUGGCUCUAGCAGGGGCUUCCGUCCCCGGCCAGGAAGUGGGCAGAGGAGCGCCGAGCCCAAGUUCGGGAGGCAGCAGCCCUAAGCUGCAGGACCCCAUCUGGGUGGCAUCUCACUUUCACCCCGGGUGCUCAGCAAAGGGAGUCAGAGUCCCCUUGCUUUGUAAAAGGUGAGAUUGGAACCAGAUAGAGAAGGAGUCUGACCUUUCCCAAGUCCAGGAAUAGGGAGCAGGGCCAUGCCAGCCUAUGACCCACUGAAGGGGCCCAGAAACAGCGAGCAAGCCCUGGGCUGUGCUUGCUUUGCAGGUGCCCUCUUCCUGGAAGGGCAGCCAUGCACAUAGGACCAACGGCAUCCCUCUGGAAUUGAUUUAGGGAUGCACAGAGGGGCAGAGGUGGGGGAGGCAGAGAGACCCCGCCCAUGCCUCCUUAGCUCCGCCUCUCCCUCCCCUUCGCCCCUUCUGCAUCCCUCCCUGCUACUCUCGGAACCCCCAGCUGGGUUGGACUGUCUCUCUCUAGCUCUCCAUCCUGCCUGCAAUUCCAGACUCAGAGCUCAUUUGUGCAGCAUCAGUCCUGCUGUUGCUACCCCUGGGGCCAGUUUCUGCCCUCUGAGAACAGGCUCUGGAGCCCCACCAGGCCCUGACCUGCACCCCAACAAACACCCUUUGCAGACAGAGUCUGGGCUAGAGCCCCUGACACCCCUGCCCUGUUCCACCAGCUCCAGGGGAGCUCCCACCUCACCCCUGCUGCUGCAUCUGCAUCCCUCCCUCCAGCUUCCCGCAGCCUCAGACCACCUCUGGAUCCCAGCGCCCAUCUUUGCGUGGCAUGCCUGCCCCUCACCCCCCACCCAGAGCCCUGUCGGAUCUCACGGGUCAGGCCCACAGAGACUGGGCUUGGAGAGGCCAGGCCUGCCCUGAGCCCCACCAGGGAGGUGACGGGCCCUGAACGUGGAGGAGGGAGCUGGGCCACAUUGCAGGGCUGAAGGUGCACAGAUCCCCUUCUGGCCUUGUGGCCCCUGCAGCCCCAGAAUAGUCAGUCGGCUGCAGGAAACAGCGGUUCCCAAGGACCUGACCUGCCGGGGGAAAGCAAUAGAGACAUUUUUCUCUUUCUCUCUUUUUUUAAAAAUUUAUUUCUUGAAAUAAUAAAUAUUUUAUUGGGAUGUGAGAUGCAGAA